ACUGAAAGACAUCUUGUCAUCUUUCUUUCUGCUAUCGUGCUCAGAGCUCUUUUAUCUUAGAGAGAGAGAGGGAGAGGGAGAGAGAGAUGCAGGACUCCAAAGCAUCUACCGAUAAAGAACCGAGACCUGAAUCGGACGAUGCUCGUUUUGACAAAUCGCUUCAAGAACUGAAAGACUUACGCUUUCAACUCCAUUAUGCUGCCGAUUACUGCGAAACUGCAUUCCUCAAGGCCAAACACAGGAAGAUGUUGGUGGAAAAUACAAAGGAGUACAUAUGUAAUGCCAUGGUCACAGUAGUCGAUCAUUUGGGGAGCGUUUCUGCAAAUCUCGAAUGCCUUCUCAGCUGCCGUGUCGAGCCUUCGCUGGCCGAACUCCGGAUCAACGGCUUACAGCGUAGACUUCUUGCGUGCCAGGAGUACACCAGCGAGCUCGACCUUGCUAAUAUGCGCUGGAGUGCGAAGUUCCCAAUAUAUCAGCCGCGUUACACUUCACCAUUGAUUCCACCUCUAGAUCGAUCAAAGGCACUUAUUCUGAGGGAUGCUUCUGAUCUAGUUGCUUCCGGGCCAACGUACCAGAGUAAGAUCCAUGCCGAAGAGACUACGCCACGUGUCGCACAUCCAGACAAAAGCUUUAAUAACAAGAAUCUGAAUAAGCAUUUACCUCCAGGGUUUGAAUUUUCUGCGGUUUUGCCUGCGCGGGAAGGCCCAUCUAUACUGUUCAAACCUCGCAUUCCAUCGUUUCGGUCGCAGACAAAGAAGCUGAGAUGCCAUGACCAAGGUAAGAAGGAAGUUCAGAGCAGUAACUUCUUGCCAUUCCUUCGGAGGAGCAGGAGAAGCGUCUGAUGUACUGUCCAUUUGGGCUAUGUUCAAAUACCAUCGUAGAUUUGCUGUGAUGUUUUUCGGCCAGAUUAGUAUCUGUUUGUAAUUUUGUUUGGGCUUUUUUCUUGCAUGAGUGGAGAGAAAUUCUAUCUA